UCGUCAAUGAAUGAGCCAAAGCACACUUUUUCUGGUCAGCUACUUUGGCCAUUCCUGUGGUAGGGCUUCGUUCCAGCAAGGCUUUCUUUUGUCAGGGUGGCAGGACACGCAUUGUAAUCUUCGCCCUAAUUGCUUCCGCAAUACGCAACACUCCGUUGUAAAUGGAUGUGCCGUUUCCUUUAAAUAUUAGCCCAUAGCAAAGGGUAGCAUCGUGAGCUUUCGUUUCAGUCGAAGUAACUGUUCGUUUGCACGAAGUCGAAGUUUAUACUCAUAAAGCAGCCUGGCCUUUUUUACUGAUUAUGUGGCCUCACUCGACAGCCUCGACGAAUACCUUCCGUCGUCCAAAUAACGUGUCAGAUUUCGAGACACAAGCUGGUGAAAUUGUUUGGGCCACAGCCCUGAAUAGUUACGUUCAAUCGAUAAAGCCAACGAAAGUGAUGGAUAUUCACGACAAAACCUCGACCGAUCACUCAAUAUUUAUUGGUUAUGGUUCAAACGCCAAGCGAAUUAAAGAUCGCUGGGAAGCAACCAAAAAACAACUUCGUUUCGAGAACAACUACAUUGCUUUCAAAUGGCUGCUUGAUAGCUUCGUCGAUGAUUAUUUGCGAUCCAAAAACAUGGAGGAUACAGCGACGCUAACAAGAGAUACUAUGUAUAUUAAAAAAGAACGACGAAUCGACGAAGUCAGUACGAGCCAGAGCCGACGACCAGCGACCCGCAGUCCCUCGAAGACCCGAUUCGAGGAUGGGCCCGAGAGGAAAGAGAAUGGCAUCGUGGACAAUCAAUCGCAUAGCAAAAUUUCCGAGUCGCGUCAGCAUCACGUGCCGCCGAUAAACGAACCCAAAUCGGUCGGUAGCUCGAGGAUGGCCGGCGGCGGAAAUAUGCCGAUCUCAGGGCAAUAUUACAAAUACUUCCCGGAAUAUUGGUCGCCCCAUUAUUAUUGGCAUGCAGGCAGUGUACCCAUGAAUUCCCGCAUGGUGAACGUCAGUUCAGUGGCGGGGUUAAAUCUGAUGAAGACCCCCAGUUGUUCCUCCUUACCCACCGGGGACACCCAUAACGUUGGCGGUGGGCUAAGGACAAGCGAAUCACUGAAACAGUUGCACAGAGAUGGAAAGGACGUGAAUCGGGGGGAAUCCUCGUCUGCGACGAGCGUCAAACGGCCAGCGGUAAACCUGGGAUUUAAAACAAAGUCUAUGCCUAACCUACAGUUCAUCCCUAACGAGUCCGAAGUAAACUCGGAUGAAGACGACGACAUUGAAAGCGAUCCUGAGAGUCAAGGUGAUCUCAUGGCCCUCUCUAGUCUAUCCAUGCCCAACCUGCGCAAAAUUCCACCUGACCGCCCACCGCUCAUGUCACCCCCCUCCCCACGUGGACGCUACGAGCCCGCGCCCCUGUCGCGCGACCGGCACGACGCCAGCAUGUCGAUGCCAAAUCUGCAAGCGAUACAGGGGGGGAUGGAGAACGAUGAUCGAAAAAAGACGAUUCGGGACUUCCUCAUGAAUCGGCUGACGAGCACAAAAGAUCACGAACAGGGCGAAAGAAGAACGAAGAUCUUCCAACCGAACGGUUACUACCCACAGUCGGAACGCAAGCUCGUGAUUCGCGAACGCCUUCUGAACCGCAUGGCGAAGCGCAAGCGCGAGGAAAACGCGCCGGUCCCAGGCUCCCACUACAACGGCAAGAUGACGCCACAGGGGAACUCGCCUCUGAAAUUCGCGAAGAAGCUGCCGCGGGUGCCCGAGAGCAGCAGGUUCUGGCCGGACCGGAAUUACCUGCACGCACCUGCACGUGACUCGCGCAUUCUCGAAAGGGAAGAUCACGUGAAUAACAACUGGAGGAUCCCGCAAGGUGCUGGAACCUCAGAACAGCCGAAAAACAUGUGGAAUCGCUCUGCAAUGAAGAAAACACAUACAAACACUGGAAUCUGGAACCCAGCCGAUGUUCAUGUGAAGAGAGAAAAGUCACCAACGGCCACCCAAAAUGACGUAACGUCUGAAGAAGUAACGACGUCAUCGGUCGACCCACCAGAAGAAGACGAACAGAUAUCCCCACGAUCCCCGUCUGCAAAUGACUCGAACGAGGAGAGAACUACCGAAGGGGAUAGCAGAGGUGAGGAAGAGGAGGAAGGAGUAAGUGGGGAUGAAGAGGAACACAUUGAUGUAGAAAAUGUUAAAGACGAUGAAAUGAAGCAGUCAGGGGGGAGUGAGAGCGAUCCAGAUGAAGACGAGGAAGAUGCAAGUGAUGAAGAACGAAAGAACAAGAGAACAAGGAAGACAGAUAAACCAAGAAAGAGACUAAAAGCAAUGUAAAUAUAUAAAAUCUAGGUAUAAAUAUAUAUAUAGUAUAGAAAUUUGGGUAAGUAUAUAACUGCGAGAACUUUUUAUUACGACGUAGAUGAAGAUUUAUCGUAUAAAGUUAUAGAAUUGUUUUCCAGGUGAUCUGAAAUGGCGGGAAAGGACUAGGGCUAGUUGUGAAAUCAAUUUUUAUGCAGUUAAAACAAGAUACUCGAAAUAUCCUGUAUUUCGGUUUGAAAUAUCUUGAAAUAUCCUUUAUUUCGGUUUUAAGGGAUAUAGUUUUUAUAACUAAAAAUAAGCACAACAUUUCGACAAAUUUCGUAAAGAUUAAUAAAAGAUAUAAUCGACUAAAUACUGCGAAUGAAUUUCUAUUUCGACAACUCUUCUGAGCCCUGAUUGCCUAAAAUUUGCGUGCAAGAUCACCUGGUUGUAACAUAUCCCGUUUAAAAAUUGUCUGUGCGAACUUGAAGUCGUUAAAUUCAGGCUUGAUAUUCUAAAGUUAAAUACGUAGUGUAGCAGUUCGUCAUUGUGGCCGAUUAUGAGUGCCACCAGUCACAACUAAUGCUAGUUAGACGGUCCAGAUAGCUAUUCAUGUGUGCAAUGUUGUAAGCAUACCUCAAAAGAUGGUUUUUACGUGACGUCAAAGCGGCCAUUUUAGUAGUGCACUCGUUAGGGUCCUACCGUUUAUCUGUUGAUAAAAUUUAUAGUUGUUCUUUUUUCAAUUUUUCUCCAAUUUGUCGGACUUGGACGUGAAUUGAAACCAUCUAUGCUAAUAAUUGAAAUUUUAGCAGAUCUGGCUAAAUGCUGACCACUGGUGGUGUGAAAUUUCGCCAGAUCUGUUUGACCUACCAUUUCCCACUUCUGCCAGUUUUGUGCCCACACACUUUGUAAAAUGUAUAAUACCAUAAAGUUAUCAUACUACAGUGUUAAAGCGUGACGCUACCUCAAAGCUGUCCUCUAUUUGACUAAUUCACACUGCGAUAUGAUCACUUUAUAACAUUCAACGCGCCUGGUUGUGGAGCUUGGCUGGCUCGCUGAACGCCAAAACACUUAGCGUUUUAUCCACGAAGUCGUCGUAUUGACGCAUUCUACUGUUUGAGAAAAUGCUUGAACUGUUUGAAAAUUUACUAUGUAAUAGUACAGUCAUUAGGACAUUGUGAAAUUCGUUGUGUCCGAAAUAUUUUUGUGCCUGGACGCCGGAACGAUGAUGACAGUCAAGGGAGAUGAUGACAGUCAAGGGAGAUGAUGACAGUGUACUUCUGUAUUUUCACAUGCUUGAGAAUGUUUGCAAAACAUCAGCAAUUCAAAUUUUCUUAUCUUCUUUGUUUGUUGCACAAUUUCGGUGCUGUGGAGUUACUAGGGUAAUCACCAGGCAAUCUUGCUAUUCGUGAGGCUCGUUUACUGUAUUUGUAAUAAUGGGGGUAGCUGCCCUGUCUAGUGGAAGGCCGAUAGAGCAGCUGUCCUUGAUGUCCCUAGUUCUGGCGUCCCAGGUACAUUAGAUAACUGUGAGUAUAUUUGAUCUGUUUCGUUGGCUAGUUUGUACAACUUCUACGGGUGAAAGACAUGAUUUCAAAUAUAGUGUGUUACGCAAAAUUAUGGCUGAACUUUUAACUGUUUUUGUAAAGUCGUAUUUUAGCCGCUAUUACAAGACAUAUGAAAACAAAUGUAUAAUAUUUUACAGGUAAAAGUCAAAAUGUAACGUCUUCGUACUGCUCAAAAAAGGCUUGUUAUUCAGCCUUUCUAAUUUUUUGCUGGCGUUCUAUGAUGUAAAAAUAUUGUAAAUAAACA